UUUUUUGUAAAUUUUAGCUUGUGUAUUUGUCUAUUCGUGUAUGUUCUGUUGUAUAUUUUUUAAUGAAUUGUCAUGCUAUACUUAGUGCGGACCUAUUCUGGAAGUCUUCCUUUUUAUGGAAUGAAACUGAAAAGCUGGUGAGAUGCUCCAUGUUGCCGAAGCAUUCAUUGACAAAAACUAUCAUCCUACAGUUAUUUGCCGAGCUUAUUACAAAGCUUUGGAGGAUGCUAUUGCUGUUCUUGACAAAAUUGCAAUGCCUAUUGAUGCUCAGGAUCGAGGUACUGUGCUGGGGCUAGUAAAAAGCUGCAUAGUUACCAAAUUCACAGGCCAAUUUGGGGAUUUAAUUGCUGAUUUAGCUAUUGAUGCUACUACCUCAGUAGGUGUUGAUAUUGGCCAAGGUUUGAGAGAUGUAGAUAUUAAAAACUAUAUUAAGGUUGAGAAGGUCCCUGGUGGGCAGCUGGAGGAUUCGAGAGUUCUUAAGGGAGUUAUGAUAAACAAAGAUGUGGUUGCCCCUGGCAAAAUGAGGAGAAAGAUUGUUAACCCACGAAUCAUUCUUCUUGAUUGCCCCCUUGAGUAUAAAAAGGGUGAAAAUCAAACAAACACUGAACUGCUUAAAGAAGAAGACUGGAGUUUACUAUUGAAGAUGGAGGAAGAAUACAUCGAGGAGCUCUGCAUGCAGAUGUUGAAGUUUAAGCCGGACUUGGUUAUUACAGAGAAGGGUCUUAGUGAUUUGGCAUGCCAUUAUCUGAGCAAGCAUGGAGUUAGUGCAAUCAGGAGGCUGAGGAAAACUGAUAAUAAUAGAAUUGCAAAAGCAUGUGGUGCUGUUAUUGUGAACAGACCAGAUGAAUUGCAGGAGUCUGAUAUUGGUACUGGUGCAGGGUUAUUUGAAGUUAAGAAAAUUGGAGAUGAGUUCUUCGCAUUUAUUGUUGAUUGCAAAGACCCCAAGGCUUGUACUGUACAAUUAAGAGGUGCUAGUAAGGAUCUCUUAAAUGAAGUUGAAAGAAACCUACAGGAUGCCAUGUCUGUUGCAAGAAACAUAAUAAAAAAUCCAAAACUUGUUCCUGGAGGUGGUGCUACAGAAUUGACUGUGUCAGCUGCUUUGAAACAGGAGAGUUCAUCUAUUGAAGGCAUGGAGAAGUGGCCUUAUGAAGCUGCUGCAAUCGCUUUUGAAGCUAUACCACGUACUUUGGCACAAAAUUGUGGAGUAAAUGUCAUCCGGACUAUGACUUCCCUACAAGGGUUACAUUGGCCAGUUUUUCACCACUUAGGUUGCCUGUUGAGCUGUUACUGGCUGACUUUUCAUGUUAUGCAUGUAUGAAAUCUUUUUCGAAAUAUCUAAGCACACACUUGGAACUUGAUCCAGUAAGUUAUUGUUUACUUCAGAAUUUUUGGGGGGAUUGGUAAAAAUGGUAAUAUAAUUUUGUGCUAGUCCGGAACAAUCAAUGCAAUUAUAUAAAGGGUGUCCUGUGCCAGUGUCAUUGGAAGGUGGU